AUGGCCUUCCUCUGGAUCGUCUCCUGCCUCGCCUUUGUCAGCGCUGCCUACGGCUGUGGCACCCCUGCCAUCCUUCCCCAGGUCACUGGCUGUGCCCGCAUUGUCAACGGUGAGGAGGCAGUGCCUCACUCCUGGCCCUGACAGGUGUCUCUGCAGCAAACCAACGGCUUCCACUUCUGUGGAGGAUCUCUGAUCAGCGAGCAGUGGGUGGUGACUGCUGCUCACUGUAACGUCAGGACCUACCACAAUGUGAUUGUUGGAGAGCACAAUAAGGGUUAUGGCUCACAGGUGCUGAAGCCCACCAAGGUCUUCACUCACCCCAGCUGGAACCCCCAAACCAUCAACAAUGAUGUCACCCUGAUCAAGCUGGCCAGCCCUGCUCGCCUGGGCACCAACGUGUCUCCCGUCUGCCUUGCCGACACUACCGACAGGUUCGCUGCUGGCAUGAAAUGCGUCACUACCGGCUGGGGUCUGACUUGUUACAACGCUCCCAGUACUCCCAAUAACCUACAGCAGGCCGCCCUGCCUCUGCUGUCCAACGAGGAGUGCAAGAAACACUGGGGCAGCAACAUCUCUGACGUCAUGAUCUGUGCCGGUGGAGCUGGUGCCACUUCCUGCAUGGGUGACUCUGGUGGACCUCUGGUCUGUCAAAAGGACAACGUGUGGACUCUGGUUGGUAUCGUAUCUUGGGGAAGCAGCCGCUGCUCCACCUCCACUCCUGCUGUCUACGCCCGAGUCACCAAGCUCCGUGGGUGGGUCGACCAGAUCCUGGCUUCCAACUAA